AUGCCUUUUUUCCCAGACGUGCUGGCUCUUUUGGUCGUCAUCCAGCUCAGCCUGCCUGGCUCCUUGUCCCAGAUGUCUCAUCUCAGCCCUCAGAAAGGCUGUCUCACCUGUAACAAGUCCCCAGGGACCGACAAGAAGAAUUACAGAACUUUGCCACGCUCCAGCGAAGAGAGCACCUCUGUGCUGGCAUUAGGAGAACCAUGUGGGGUUUACACUCUGAAUUGUGCAAAGGGGCUUCGCUGCAUCCCUCCGUCAGGAGAGCCAAGUCCCCUACAAGCACUGCUCCAAGGCAGAGGAGUGUGCGCGAAUCCCAAGGCAACCAAUGUCCACACCCCUCCACCCACAGAAUCCCUGCCAUUACCCCCUGAGAGCUCUGAAAAGGGUCCCUGCCGUAAACAACUGACCACAUUGCUAAAGGGUCUCGAGCUUACACACUUUGAGUCUAACCAAGACAUCUACAUCCCCAACUGUGACAAAAGGGGUUUCUUCAGGAGAAAGCAGUGUUGGUCAUCCAGGGGAAUGCAGCGUGGCCGCUGUUGGUGUGUGGACGAGAACGGCGUGAAGAUUCCAUCGCGUACAGGAGAAGACGGAAAUAUUAUCUGUGACAACACACGAAGAGAAUCCGCUACAGCCCUCUGA